CAUGAGAUGAACUGAACGUGUAAGGAGAGAGUGAAAGAUUUGCGCUCUAAUAAUAUCCUCCACUGACAGAUUAGAGAUACAGAGACGCUGUGGGUUAAAUAAGAGGACACAUCUCUAUUCUGUUAUCAAUAAUCAGCUUGAGGACAACACAAUACAAACCCACAUUGUAAGUUGCCAAGAUGCCUGAACAAGGGCAAGAGAGGAAGUCCAAGAUCUCAGCCUCAAGAAAGCUUAUGCUAAAGAGUUUGAUGGUGGCCAAGGCCAAAGAGGAGCUGGAUCAGGAGAUGUUGGAUAAAGAGGAGGAGAAGCAGAGGUAUCUGCUGGAGAAAAUUCCUCCUCUGCAGACACAGGGCAUGUCAUUCACUGAGCUUCAGGAACUCUGUCAAGAGCUUCAUGCUAAGAUUGAUGUGGUGGAUGAGGAGCGCUAUGAUAUUGAAGCCAAGGUCUUACUGAAUAAGCGUGAGGUCAAAGACCUGAACAUUAAAGUUCUGGACCUGAGGGGGAAGUUCAAGCGGCCCACCCUGAGGAGGGUGAGGGUUUCAGCAGACGCCAUCCUCCGAUCUCUCCUAGGCUCAAAGCACAAAGUCUCAAUGGACCUACGAGCCAACCUCAAAUCUGUAAAGAAAGAGGAUACUGAGAAGAAGAGGCCAGUUGAGGACAGCGACUGGAGGAAGAACGUGGAGGCCAUGUCUGGUAUGGAGGGAAGAAAGAAGAUGUUUGAUGCUGCAAAAGGCCCCACCCAGUGAAACCUUGUCUAGUAAAGUUAACACACAAGAUUAUGCAACUUAUUGUUCGGCAACUAAAAAGGAUUAGGUUUAGAGCUACAUACUAAAUAUACUAUUAAAUACCAGAUAUACUGUUAUUUCAGAUGUCGCUGAUAUUGUAAUUCAUUGCAACUGCUCAGCAUUGGUGCAAAUGGCCAAUAAGUAAAUAAUUACUAGCUUAGUUUAUAUUUUAUUAUGUCAAUAUUCAGUUAUUAGGAAGAGUCAAUGGAAGGUGUACCAGUGCAUUAUUAGGAUAAACAAUAAAAGAGAAAUAUUUGUUGAUGUACAAGGCUCAUUAUAUAAGUUUAAUCUUUCCAAAAGAUUCCCAUGCUCAGUUUGGCAUGUUUCUCUGGUAGUCUGGCUGCGAAUUAUUGUUUACGAAAGCUUAUAAUCCUGACUUGCAGUGCUGAAAUUAAACACAUAAAAUAAAAAGCACAAAAAGCUCAUCCAAACUGUAUGUAGGUAUGUACUUGCAAAAAAAGUGUAUACUAACUCAGCCAGGAUAGUGUGAUAAUGUCGUUUUGCAUGCUAUAUAACAGUAAAGUAGCUGAAGAAUUUAAACAGAUGUGCAGUGUUUCUUUGUUUAGUCUAAUUUGAUGCAAAUGCUUAAAAUGCUAUUGAAUAGGAUCCUGCAGGAGAUAGGGAGCUCGUUCAGGAAGUGAAGCGUUAACUAUGAAGGCUGUCAUUUGAAGACAGUGGACUCCAACCCUUAUUUGCAUAGUGGAUAUCUCUGUCUUCCCUGUGUUGGCAUUGGGUGGGGUGUUCAGGCCACUUAUGCAUGCUGUACUUAUUUAAUGUUUAACAGUCAAAGUUUAUUGUGACGCUCCUUACUUGGAAUGCUUUUUCUCUCUACUUGCAUGAGUGAAUAUAGAGGCAAUUGUAAACUAAACAAUAUAGCGGAAGCAUGUCACCAGAUUUGUCAUUCCAGUGCAGCUGCCAAUUAUUUCCUUUAAGACCAAACCCUGUGGUAUACUGGAUAGUCUACUAUGGCUUUCAUAUCGCUCUGGCCAAAGUACAGCAGGUCUAGCUGUCUCUUAUAGGUGUGGCACAGGGAAUAAAGCAAACACCUCCAGCCUUUGAGCUUCAAUGGAUUCUGAACUGUAGAGCAAAUGCCACUGUGAACAAUGACAUAAAGUGAUGCCCUAUAUGCUUGACUUCAUGUAAAAUGCUGUAUUCACGUAAGAGAAGGUUUCAAAAUGUAACAUUGUUUUGAAACCGAGUACAUUUAAGUAAUACUAUGAAACAAUGCAACCAAACUAAAUUCAAGAAUGAGUUGACA